AUGCAAAUCACUGCGCUCUUAGCGAACUUGCUUCUUCCUGAAGCUUGUCUCUCUGUCCAUCUUCAGAAUUUCCAAAAAGUCCCAAUUUCCAUUGUACGGAGGAACUAUUCUCUUCCGAGAAAAUCAUUUUCUGCUCUUAGGCAAAGGUAUUCGAAGGAGCUAAAUUUUUUUCAGUCUCAUGGAUGUAUUCAGCCGCCAGCUAAAGUUAGUGGUAACGGAAAUCCUCUUCGUGGUCUUAUACGAGGGCCAUACAAAUCCUCGCUUAAAAAAGAGCAGGCUAUAAAUGAUAGGCUUCGCCAUGUCCUCUCGGCAGUAGCUAUGAGAAAGUCAUCCGGUACUGCUGACGUGACUGCUGAUACUACGCCCAACGAGCAUGUCAUUCGACCGAUUUGCCUUGGAGUUGACCACCAGAAUUACAACCUAUCCCCCGAAGUAAAUAUAACUCUGGAGCUUUCUGAUGACCUUGAGAAUUCCCGGUUUUGUCUUUGCGUUUAUCUGACAACGAGACUUAUCAGCAACGUUGGACGGCUGAUUGUUAUGGAUUAUAGCAACCUUUAUGAUAGUAACUAUGAUCCAAUUAAUUCACUUUACUUGGUCUUUCUGGCUGCUUUGAGUUUCCAAUCGAUGUAUUUCACUCGACAUCUUUUCUCUUUAUUGGUGUUUUUGGGAUCCAUGAAAGAAAUCAUCCGAAAAAUCAAGCCAUCUGAUGUAUUGACUCUUGAGAACCCGAUUCAGACUAGGCGAGCUAUUAUGUCUAUUCAUCAUGUCGGCUAA